AUGCAUCCCCCACCAUCGCUGGCCGCCGUCCCCUCCACGCUCAAGCGCAAGCGCGCCCACCCGCCCCCUGGCGAGUCGCCGCCGGUCGUGAAGGUCGGUCCCGAUGGUACGCAUCUGAGCUUGACUCACACGCCGCGUCAUAGCGCUUACGAACUUACGAUUCGAAUCGACGGCGCCCCAAGCCCUACCCCUCGCAAGCGGCGCUGCUCGCUGCACUCCGUCGCCGUCUGUCCCGCCCCAACCCAGCAUCACAUGACACCGAGCAACAUCGGCCGGCGCGCCGGUGGUUCUUCGGCAGCCACACCACGGUCUACGGCCCCGCGGACCCCGAUCGACGCCGUACCGCGGAUGACCCACAUCACCCUGCGCGAAACACGCUAUCCGCCGCCGCGCGCGCGCCGCGACCGUGACACCACGCGACAGCCAGACACUGCUGGUACAGCGCCGUUGCCGCGGAGCCGGAUCAUCGCCGCGACGGCUUAUCUCCCUGCCGAGGCAAUGGCGGUCGCGUUGUCCCCAACCUCUCCGGCCCCGCCCAGCGGCCAUCCACCUCCCCCUCCUUCGGCCUCGACGGUCUAUGUGUAUGGCCUGCUGGUGCGGGUAGAGCGGGAAUACUCCGCGGGCACAGGCAAGCUGUGGAAGGAGCGGGUGACACUGGGCCUCAGGAAUGCAGACUUCCGUGGUGGGACGCAAACUGUGGAGGCUGAACCGGCGACGGCGGCGCCAGCGGACUCGGAUGGCGAGCGGGGAAGUGGGCAGGAGCGUAUAGCAGCAAAUUGUGUGGUAUUCUAG